UGCGUGGAACGCGCCGGGCGUCCCGUCCGUGGAGAGGUUAGAGGUCGCGAGGAAUAUCCCGACGCCGGCACUGUGGAGGAAUCCGCUGCCACGCGGCUCCACCGGGCGUGGGGCGGCGCUGAGUAUUUUAGUGCAGCUUCCAGGAGUUACACUCUUCCCGUUUAUUCCCGUUCCUUUUCUAAAGGGGGCCCGCGGCAGUCGGAAAACCCGGACACACGGAUCGCCCCUGCCGCGGACCGACUUCCCUUCCCAGGCAGGAAGGGAGGGGGCGGGAGAAGCAGAGCGCCCCACGGGCCGCGCAUGCGCCGCUCACAGGCAGCCCCUGGAGUGGAAUCCAGUUGCCAGAUUCGCCGUCACGCCAGGAGUGCGCCUGCGUUGUCGCCGGGUCCCUCCACCUCCACUUCCCCUCCCCCUGUCCCCCCGCGGGGCUCCGGGUCCAGCGGGACCAUGUUCACCAGCACCGGCUCCAGUGGGCUUUAUAAGGCCCCUCUGUCCAAGGGUCUUUUGCUGGUCCCCAGUGCCCUGUCCCUCUUGCUGGCCCUCCUCCUACCGCACUGUCAGAGGUUCUUCGUGUAUGACCUCCAAGCCAUCAAGGAUGACUUCCAGAUUUGGAGGUUGAUAUGUGGAAGAAUAAUUUGCCUUGAUUUGAAAGAUACUUUCUGCAGUAGUCUGCUUAUUUAUAAUUUUAGGAUAUUUGAAAGAAGAUAUGGAAGCAGAAAAUUUGCAUCCUUUUUGCUGGGUUCCUGGGUUUUGUCGGCCUUGGUUGACUUCAUCCUCGUUGAGGCUGUGUGGUAUUCCUUUGGUAUUGCUGCAGCCGGGAAUUUGCCUUCUGGAUUCCUGGCACCUGUGUUUGCUCUGUUUGUACCAUUUUACUGCUCCAUACCGAGAGUCCAAGUGGCACAAAUUCUGGGCCCAUUGUCCAUCACAAACAAGACAUUGAUUUAUAUAUUGGGACUACAGCUUUUCACCUCUGGUUCCUACAUCUGGAUUAUAGCCAUAAGUGGACUUAUAUCAGGCAUCUGCUACAACAGCAAAAUAUUUCAAGUUCACCGGGUUCUCUACGUUCCCAGCUGGAUGGCAAAGUUCUUUUCCCGGACACUUGAGCCCAUCUUCUCAUCUUCAGAACCCACGGCCGAAGCCAGAGUCGGAAUGGGGGCCACAGUGGACAUCCAAAGACAGCAGACGAUGGAGUUGCUGGACCGGCAGCUGAUGCUGUCUCAGUUUGCCCAAGUGAGAAGACAGAGGCAGCAGGGAGGAAUGAUCAAUUGGAAUCGUCUUUUCCCUCCUUUACGUCAGCGACGAAAUGUAAACUAUCAGGACGAUCGGCGGUCUGAACAACAAGCAUCUCCUCCUCUAGAGGUUUCUGAGGAACAGGGUGAAAUUAGGACCUUUGAAGUCCCACGGAUGACAGCGAGAGGCAGAUUCUGCUUCUGUGGAGGAAGAACUGUCCAUCUUGGCCAGUUGCGCGGCUCAUGGAGAUGGGAUUUUCCAGGGGUGAUGCUUUAGAAGCCCUGAGAGCUUCAAAUAAUGACCUGAAUGUGGCUACCAACUUCCUGCUGCAGCACUGAGGGUCCUGGGCAGCGACACACAGACUGGCCAAGCUGCCGCCCACAGCGGGCGGGCACCGGCCCGGCUACUGAAUCAGCCUGAGGUCACGCUCUCUGGCGCUGAUGGUCUCCCAUGUUCUCGUGGGCAAAGGGCGGUCCCCGCUGCUCCUCCCUUAAUUCCAAGAUCACUGCUGUUAAAAGAGUAUCGAAAAUAAGUUUGCCAUUAAACUAGCAUGUAUUUUCUGUAUUUUUUUAUUGGGCAUUUUCCUUAGUUUGGAAAAUCAUCACUCAUUCCUGAUGUGUUUAAAAUACAUUAAAGUUGCAGGUUUCUGUAAGCAAUUGAAUAGCACCGCUGAUGGGAAGUUACUGUAAUAUUCUUUUUACUAUAAUGGAUCCUCCUACAUUAUAUCUGAUCAUAAAUGCUACCACUGGACAAAGGGGAAUGUUAUUCAGGAAGAACAUGGCAAAAUAUUCCUUAUGGACUUUUUCUCAUCACUGUUUUUUUCCUCAAAUUUGCUUUCAAGCCUCAGUGGCUGUUUGGUGUCCACCUUUCCUAGGGGGUGAGCAGGGCAUGUCUGCUGCACACAGUCUUGGCCAGGCCUGAGUGUGAAGGGAGAAACAGAGAACCAAACCCUAUCCACACUGUUCCGGCCCAUUUCAGUCCAGGGAAUCUUUCCAACUCCCUUUCCCUCACCUCCAUUAAGAAAUAAUGAUCAUCAAGUACUGAUUCAAGGUUCUGGAAAACUCUGUGAAACUUAGCUGGGGUUCCUUUUGCUCAGAACAUCUACAGUUAGCCUCUCAGGCUGGACGUGGAAACAGGAUGGAGAGAGCAGGGGCUCAGCCCUGGAACAGCCACAGGGCCCACUGCGCUGGAGGCGCGUCCUCCCCGGCCCGGGCGCAUCAGGACUUCCGCUGCAGGCAGGGCACACAGCGGAGGACACGGGCCCAGGCCGAAGGGAGGCAGAGGUGGGAAAGGCAAUUGUGUGACUCCUACGUUCUGCAAAAUGAGCAGAAAUGUAUCAAAUUGAUGCAAAUUUGGACAAGUGUAAUACUUAUAAUAAAGUUUUUAAUGUGUUUUA